AUGGAGAAUCAAAAGUCCCUUCCCAUUGAUAGAGCCGACGCUGAAACAUGGAAUCGUGAUCUGAUGGAAGCCUUUCGCCAGGCGCUGGAGAAGAACCCCGCGGCAGACCUUCUAUCUGUUGUCGGGGAGAGAUAUGUUGCUGCGCAUCGUGUUGGUCAAUACGCGGGACUCUCUGAGGCCAGUCGGCUUAACUUCAAAACCGUUUAUCGUCUUCAAGAUAAGGUACUUUCCCGGCCCGAAAUCAACUUGCGCGAUACUUUUCCCGCGGACUACGAUCGCCGGUACAGAUGGGCCAAGCCGAAGGAAGAAGACAAGUCCAAAUCCCUAGAAAGUUCCCCACCAACACAGCAGCCAGAACAGCCGCGCGACUGGCUUCGCGAAAGGCUUGAAGUUGUAAACACCGCUAGCAUUAUCUACCCACUAUCUGCCCAAGCGUCGGCGCUCUUCAAUCAACAUGUUGCAACGGAUGGUUGUACUGAAAAAGCAUCCCUUCCAGUAGCUCUGAAAGACCUGAUCUUGAAGUCCGACAGACUUUUCGAACUAAGUAUUAGAACCGGUGCUGUUGUUAGGUGCAGUGACGACCUUGUUAUCAAGAUCUUUCCCAGUAGUCGAGAUCUUACUGAAUACCACAAUCUUCAGUAUCUCGCUGAAAAUGCCCCCGAAUUACCAAUUCCUAAGCCUCAUGGUCUCAUUAUGCUUGGUAGUAUCGGUGCCAUGUUUAUGUCAUAUGUUCCGGGGAUCGCCUUGCACCAGGUAUGGUCGCGCUUAUCCCAUGAAGGGAAGCUAUCCAUACAGAAACAGCUGCACGAUAUAUUCUCUCGCCUCAGAAGCCUACACCAGGAAGACGGAACUGAACUUGGGGGCGUACGCGGGGAAGGAGUCAAAGACUACCGUAUUAUGGAAACCGCCGCGUACAAAGGCAUAACCACAGCCAGGGGUUUUGACGAGCUGCAGUUCUCGGCAAAGCAUCGUGCCAGUCCUUCCUAUGUCAAGUUACUUAGGUCUUUCUUGGAUGAAGACAACAAAUCCCUACAAGGGUCCGUGUUUACCCACGGCGAUUUGAAAAAGUCCAACAUCAUGGUGCAAGAAGGUUCAGGAAAUGCCGAUUUGUAUGAGGUCACCGGGGUUAUUGACUGGGAGGACAGCGGUUUCUAUCCUGAGUACUACGAGUCCACCACGUUGUCUAAUGCACAAAGCAUCAUGUCUGAUGACGAUUGGUACCUCUACGCACCACACUGCAUCUCCCCCUUACGGUUUCCUGUACGCUGGCUAGUUGACCGACUCUGGGGCAAUCUUUUAUGGAGCUGGAGGACUGACAUAGUGCGAUGA